GCCCCGCCCUUGCAAUUUAUGGGAAGUUCCGUUGCAGGACAGCUGAGCUCGCGGGCGGGGAGCAUGGGGGUCACGGUGGACGUGCACCAGGUUUUCAGAUACCCCUUCGAGCAGGUGGUGGCCAGCUACCUCCGCAAGAUAAACACUCCUAGAAGUCUAUUCUCCCGACAAAUAACUCCCAUAUCCCAGUCCCAUGGAGAAACAUGUCACAGCUGUAAAAACCAUGGAAGAGAAAACAGAUUUGUCCACAGGGAUUAUUUACAGAAGGAGAAUUGCAACAUGUCAGAAUGUAAUUCCGGAAAUCUUAAGAAAGGUCAGUGUCUUAAAAGUGUCUGACAUCUACUUAGAGGAAGAAUCUUGGCUUAAUAUGCAAGAAAGAAAUAUGGUUAUGAAGUCUCAUUGCCUUACCUGGACACAAUAUGCAUCUUUAAGUGAAGAAUCUGUCUUCAGGGAAAGCUUGGAAAAUCCAAAUUGGACAGAGUUCAUCCAGAAAGGGAGGAUAUCCAUUACUGGAGCAGGGUUGCUCAAUUGUGUAUUGGAAGCUUUUGCUCAAACCUUUCUAAGUCAAGGCGUCAAGAAGGGUAUUAGAAUAAUGGAGACUCUUCUUCAGGAACAGUGUGGGUGCCCAUUUUCCUGAGAAGGAACUGAAGAAAAGUGUCAUCAGAGCAUUGUAUCUUUAUUACUGUCACUGUUUCCAAGGAAGUUAUCCAAAUUUUAUUGGUACCAUUUUAUUGAGGAAACUGAGUAUUCAAUAUGCUCAGCUUGGAGAAAAGAUGACAAUAGUCUAUACAUCUUUUGGAUAAGAUUAAGGAAAGAUACGCUGUUUAAAGGGACUCUGAUCCCGAGAGAUCCUGAAGAAGCAGAUGUAAAUGUGGAAAUAAUGUUUUCAUGUGGAUUUCUGGUGAAAUUUCCAGAGACUAAGAAUUCACUGAGAGAACCAACAUCAGCAAAAACAUAAAUAGCCCUUUUUGCUGUGAAGAGAGAGAUCUUCUACCAUGUCAACCAGUUAAUCUUGAGUCUUGCCAAGAGAGGUGUGAAUAUCCUCUAUUAAUUUUAAUAGUUUAUUUUUAAGCUUGGUUGCUAGGGACAGUGAUUCUAUUCACAAUGCAUAAUCUAAAAGGAAGCAUCAAUGGAAAUGUGUGCCAUCAGUUGUGUGGACUCAGCAUCUCUCUGCAGGUAUUUGGUAUUUCCAAUGGGUCUGCAAAACCUGAAAACAAACAACAAAUUAAAACUUCCUUUGAAAAAAAAUUGUCUAGUCCUUCCGAAUGUGAACUAAUGCAAAACUUUCCUGCUGAGCCUAUAGAAACACGGAAACAGUAGUCCUGGGAGACGAGAUUACUGUACUGUACACCCACUUGGAAUCAUCACCCCACUGAGGAGAAACCUAGUAAUGGCAAUUUAAGUGUCAAUUUUGCUAAUUAUUUCACUGCUGAGACUUUAGCAGAAACAUCCAUCUAACAUGCCCGUGCCAGUGUGGUUGGAUUCAUUUCAAAGGAUGUCCCACCGCUAUAAAGUUACAAGUUUUAAAAUGAAAAUAUUUGAUUGUCCCCAAACGUUUUCUUUCUUUUUGUUUUUCUUUGGUCCUGAUAGGAGCCUGUGGAGAAGCUUAAGGGGAUUAGAAGAUUUCUGAGUAAAAUUCUUAAGGGAAAAGAGAGCUUGCAUGGAUGAGGGAUUCAUUUUGAAAGAGCAAUUUUAUUUAAAACCUCUUAUUAAAAAUACAAGUAAUUUAGGACCAGAUUUGGGUACCCUUGCUCAUGCUGAACAAUACCUCAAUCCACAAAGAGUCCCACUGAAGUCAAUGGGUGUCAGGUGGUACUAAGUGCUUUCAGCUGAGCGUGAGUGUGAUUGUUUUUACUACUGAGGCUUUGGAGGGGAGAAUUUUUGGCAAAUCCACACUACUGUAUUCCAUGCCAGAGGAUCUUUAAUAUCCAUGCAGAACAGGCUGGGCCUCUGCUUUUAACACCUUGUUGGAACAGCUUGUGGGGGAGGGGGGGAGAAAAAGAAGACCUAGUACACACUUUUUAGUAGCAAGAUCAACUAGCAAUAGAAUCAUUUGAUUAGGGAGAUAUUGAGCUGUUGUUGUUAAUGAUGCUUAACAGUCAGUUAAAUAAAGUUCUUGUAGCAACAAUGUGGAGCCAAAUCUUGUUCAGUGUGAGGAAAAUUGGAAUAGGUAAGUUAAGUCCUUUCCAACCCUAUCAGAUAUAGUUUUUGAUCAAAACGGCUAAAGCAGCAUGGAAUAUAAUCCCAUUUGCUGUCUACAAUCAGUAUAUCAAGGAACGUUUAACUCACUGCUUCCAGAGGUUAACCAACAUGUCUAGUUAUCUGGAAAAUUUAAUUUUAAGGCACCUCAGGAUAUAAUCCAAUGUAAUAGAGUCCAGUAAUAAAAUUUAGUCAACUUUUGUAAUUUGUGAUUGAGCUGAAAAGGAAUAUGCUAACAAGGGGUUGCUCUUAUGUUUAAAAAUUUUGAUGAAUGAUUCCUGAUGGCAUAUGCCCCAAUCCAGCAGAGUACUCAAGAACAUGAGUAGUGGCGAGUAGCCCCAGCGUCUCCAAUAGGACCACUCGUGCCUAGAGUUAUAGACUUGCUUUCCUGGAUCUCAAUCUUUAUGAAGUGAAGACAGAAACAGAAAUGAACAAACGUUCUGCAAACGCUUUAAAAAAAAUAAAACACUAAAAAAUUAAAAGCUACACUUCUGAAAAGCUGGGCCUUAAUCUGUAAUUCGUAUGGUCAAUAUUUUGGCGUGACAGAAAUCUGAUUGCUCAUAACACUAAAGGCAUAUAGCACAUAUAGCACACUUCUGAGGAAAAAGGAGACCUAAAAAGACAAGCAUUUGUAAGUGAGAAAGUGGCACUGUUUAUCUUCUGAGAUCAUAAUCCUGUAGAUAACAUCAGUUUUUUGAAUAAACUAACAUUCUUUUAGAAGUGCAGCAUUAAAUGUUUUCUAGAGAUUCAAAUGGGUAGAGUAUAUGGGAUCUGAUAGAAAAUCCUCCUUUAACCACCCAAAGGACUGGUUGGGGAAAAGUAUCCAAAUAAUAAGUAAGUUUAGUCUAAUGUACCGAUAUGAAAGUUUUUCUAGAUGUAUUCAAUGACUGAUUAAUGAUUGAGAAUAGUUGCUCAGAUAUAUCAUGGUGGUAGUGAUAUGUAAAUACAUAGAUUCUUUUUGUAAACGUAUAGGCCAAGAUUGUCAAAGUCCUGCUGUGUCCUUAGUAGGUCCCUAAAUAACUGGCUCGAAGUUUUUUUUUCCAAGGAGCCUAAUUUUAUGCACUGCAGGGUAUGACUGAAGGCUCACUUUAGUUAGGGGAAAGUAAUAUAUUUGCUUCAGUGGGCUUUGGGUUGGGCCCACAGUUUUAGUAAUCUUGGCCAUAAGGACCACCUAAAGUCAUGUUCCCUCAUACUUGUAAACUUUCCUCUCCUAGAUAGUGCUGCAUAUGCCAUCCAGUGAAAUCUUUUAAUAGUUACAUAAAAGUUAAAAGUUUUUUCCUUACUCAAGACCAAUACACCUGGGACAAAAUAAUUUUUGCUUAUUUUUUCUCUGUAACUUUGUGUCAUUCUAGAUUACGUCUAUGCUUCUAGGCAAUUUAGAAAUUCUCUUUAAGCGUUGCUUAUUGCAGUUUUUAUUACUGGUUUUUAAAAUCUUUUUUUUUGUUCUUUUGUAGAUUGUUCUAAUGCUCUGGGGGGGAGUUUUGUACACAGUUAAAAACAAAUUUUUGUUAAGGAACAAGAUAAACAAACAACUCAAAACUAAUAGGAAGAAUCCUAGGUAAAAUGAUGACUCUAAGCUCUCAGUAAUGAAAGAGUCUUUGGAGGUGAGGAAGGGCAAAUUGUAUUUCAGAAUGAAGUAGAUCAUUUGUCUUUAACUAUAUUGUGGUUAUGAGCUUUAUCAUGAUAAAUUAACAAAUUUUCAUCCUAACAUAGCAGUAGCAGUCCUUUUUGCUAAUGCACUCAGUAGUAUAUUUCAGAUAGCUAAUAGUUUAUGGCAGCAGUAGCAAUCAAUUUUGUGUAUGUGUGUAUAUAUAAUAUAAUAUAAAUUUUUAGCCAAGCCAACUGCUACUAUAGCAUAUAAAAGAAAAUCAUGAAUGUGGAACAAUGAUUCAGGGACUUUAUUUCAGCCGGGUGAUCUAUUAUCAGUUUAGCCAUAUGAUGAGGAAAGGUGCUGUAUUUUUUUAUAUAUAUAUGUAGUGUGUAUGAAUGUAUGUUAACUGUUGGAUACACAAUGUUUUUAUAUGCAAACUAUUGUACUGUGAAUACUGAAUGUAUUAUCAUGCCAUUGUAUAUAUGCUGUGUGAUUAUACAAAGGCUACUUGAACACAAAGGAAAUGUAAAAUGUCAGCUGACUACAACAGCAAAUGACAUCACUCCCUGUACAACCUUGAAAUAGUGCACCUCAUUACAUUGCAAUUUUCUAAUAAAAUAAAAUGUAUUUGAACUCCUG